ACUUGGGAGUCCAAAGUCCAAAUAAACAAAGCAGACAGAUAGUUAUACUAUUAAAAGAUGAAUGAAAAUAUUGCUUCCGAACAAUAUCAAGGUGCGCCCAGUGUACCAGAGGAGACCACCAAGUCGCCGCAAAAGUUAAGAGCCGGAAAAACUUCGGAGAGACCUGUAUUUGAUGCUGUAGUUAAAACAACUAAAUACCUGGUUCUCUCGCUAUUCCUCAUCUAUGUCGUGUUCCCCUCAGUUAUGAAAAUUUAUCCCCGAAUUCAGGAAAAACUCAUCUUCCUUAAUUUUGUGUGUUGGCCACCAUUUAUGGAUGUUACUAAACCAGAUGAACUAGGACUAACUGGAGUUAGGAAUUUUUACCUUGAUGUAGAUGAAGAGAUUACAAUAGGAGCAUGGCAUCUUCUUCCAAAAUCUUUAAUUAGAAAUGAAACACUGGAUUUUGAAUCAAAAUUAAGCAGUGGUCAUCCCAUCUUUUUAUACCUGCAUGGAUCUACAGGAACAAGAGGCGGCUGGCACAGAGUUCAGUUAAUGAAGUUACUGACAUCCCUGGAUUUUCAUGUUGUGACCAUAGAUUAUAGAGGAUAUGCUGAUUCAACUGGUCAUCCCUCGGAAGAUGGAGUGGUGGAUGAUAGCCAUUUCAUGUACCGAUGGAUCAAAGAGAGAAGUGGGGCCUCUCAAGUGGUGCUGUGGGGACAUUCUUUAGGAGCUGCAAUUACAACCAAGUUAGCUAAACGUUUAUGUGAAGAAGGAGUUGACCCACAUGGAGUUAUAUUAGAGUCUCCCUUCAACAACAUUAGAGAUGCUGCCCUCAGCCAUCCAUUUGCAGCACCAUUUCAGCAUAUACCUUUCUACAAAAAGCUCAUUUUGGAUUCUGUUGCUCAAAACAAUGUGUUCUUUACAAGCGAUGAAAACAUUGCUGCAGUAAAAUCCCCAGUGAUAAUAAUGCACGCAGAAGAUGAUUUAGUUAUUCCUUACGAUCUUGGACUAAAAUUGUAUAAAUCUGCCCAGCAGAACAGGCCUGAGGGCAGUGGUCCCCUCCAGUUUGUGCCCCUCAAAGCCUCCUUUGGAUAUGGACAUAAACAUAUAUUUCAAGCUCCAGAAUUACCAGAAAUUAUAAAGAAUUUUUUAGGGACAUGCAAGAGGAAAUGAUCUUGUAAAUCUCUCACAUUCAUGCUUAUAUUCCAGCAACUUUGUCUCUGCUGAACAAUCAGAAGUCAAUAAUAAGUAUUAAUCUCUUUUAAAGUUUAUUUUAAGACUUUUUAAAAUGAUAUUCAAAGAUCUGACAUUCCUACUUGAAGUUUGUUCAGGUACAUGUUUUACCAAUGUAAUGACAUGGUUAUUUAGUCUUUACAGUGUAUUUUGUAUCUUCAACUUUUUAGGAGGGCAAAUUUUUAUAUAUGAAUUCAAUUGCAAACUGUUCACCAUUGUCUUUCAUGUUUUGGGUUUAGUUGAGUGCUGUUUAAUUGCAUGGGUGUAAAAAAGAUCUGAUUGUGUAUGUCAUUAAUACAUGUACUGUAAACAUGGCUAUUUCUGCUUGAUGUCAAUUACAACAAUUUACACUGUAAUGGAAACAAAAUGAUUUCAAGUAUUAUUUUAUCAUUUACCGGUAAUAUAUGGAAAUUUCUCGAUCUCUCUUUCUCUCUCUUCUUAUGAUAUACUGGUGAUUUACAUGUAGGUAAUACACAGGUGAAUACAUGCAGUAAUGUAUGUAAAUUCUUUGUAUAUUUGUGUUAACUGCCAUGUACAUGAAGAUGAUUGUUUUUAAAAGUUUGUUUAGAAGUAUGUGUAUAUUCAAGAGUAUUUGUUUUUGGUGUGAGUUAAUGAUUUAGGUAUCCAAUGUAGAUUUUUGUUUGAUUUUUGCCAUCUUCUUGUAUAUUUACAUUUCUCAAUCUGGUCACCCAACCAAACAUUUACUUCAAUUACCAACUAGUUAUCAUUAGCCAUUAGUAUUUUGAUCAGUUUGUUGUUUAGAGGAUUUUAGUACAUUUUGUGGUCAUAGAUUGAAGAUUUUUUUUUAUCAGAAUAAUUAUUAAUGCUAAUAUACAUGUAAAUGUAUAAUUUUGUAUCAUAUUUUGUUUUUAGUGUUUUCUUUAUUUUUCAUUAUCUGGCUCUUGAUUAUUUUCUUAUCUUUUAUCAAUUUGCUAAGGAUGCAUCAAAGACAAUAUUUUACAAGUGAAUGCAUUAAAAACAGUAAUAUACAUAUAUAUCUGUUUCAGUAGUACAUGUAUUUUCAGGUGACCUGCAACACUCAUAUAUCAAGAGCUCGGUUCUCAAAAUGAACUUGAAAUCAACAUCAUUGUACAUGUACCAGUAAUGUUGACAAUCAUUUAUACAAUUGGUGUAUUGAGGAUUGUCCUAUCCCAUUUGUUUUGAGAAUCAAAGUCCAGAUAACUAUUGUUUUUUUAAGAAGAAAAUCUCUCCAAUCUCUCUUCUUUUUUUUUUUUUUUUACAUACAUGCAUGCAUCAAAAUAGGAUAGGUUUGCAUGAUAUACAUCUGUUUUUUAUGUCUGAUUUUGUUUAGUUUAUUCCUGUGUUUUUAUUUUAUUAUACAGAUAAUAUAGACUUACAGAGAUCUGUUGGUGGAUAGUUACAUAUACUUUGUUAAUCUACAUGUAUACCCCUUUUUAUGUGUUGUGUACAGUAAAAAAAGAAAUGUGAUAUUUGUUAGAAGUUUAUUAUUUCUUGUUUGUGUAUACAUGUGUAUGAAAAAAUUAAUAUUUGUUCCAUGAUCAAUGCAAAAUUCUUAAUAAGUCAUUUUUGAGUCAACAAUAAAAUAUCCUACAGA